AUGCCCGUUUUGAACGGUACCACAUGCCCCGUGCGGUCGAUUUCCACCCCGGGGUUCGACAGAUGCCCCUCCACGCUCCCACUGUCCUCAUCAUUCCAAGUUGAAGACGACACGGAUCAGGAAAGCUUAGAUAUGGUGGAGGCUCUGAAAAAGCUGGCUGUCAGCAUCGAAAAGACAAACUGUCUGUUAAGGAAGCACACGGAGUCUCUGACAUUCCUCAGACAGACUUUGUUCCGAGCUUACAGCAAGUCCAUCUCUAGCCCCACGGAUAGGAAUGUUGACAGAAAGGUUCCUGUCGAAGUACGAUGUUCCUUCUUGAAAAUCGUUGACGUAAACACCGUGAAACAGAACUUUGAAGCAGAAGUGUUCGUGGAAGCCAAAUGGCCUGAGCCGGGACUGAUAGGCAUUGCCGAAAAGGAGCUUCGCCAUGUAGACUAUACUCAGUACUGGAAUCCCAAGUUGAUGGUCCUCAACGUGGAAGGCACGCCUUCGUCUGAACGCAGUUCUUACACGGCUAAACCCCCAAUCGAGCCGGGCGCAUUGCCAAUGAUGGUCAUGAGAAGGAGAAUUAAAGGGAUAUUUCGAGAAAAUUUGGAGUUAGAGCAUUUCCCUUUUGAUGUGCAGGAAUUGACGAUUCAGAUUUCAACGGACAGAUCUGUAGAAGAAAUGGAAUUAAUAGAAGACAAAGAAGCCUUGAGCACCAUCAACACAGAGACGUUUUUAGAUUCGCAGGAAUGGGCCAUCCAUGAACACGUGGAGACGACUAGAAGUGAAACCACUGUGGAAGACGCCAGCGCUACCACGCGGCCAAUUCUGCACGUGCAAUGUCGCGUGGCAAGAAAAGUUGGCUACUUCUUCUGGAAUAUAAUAUUUGUGAUGUUCUUGAUCAGCAUCUUGAGCUUUUCUGCCUUCUCCAUUGGUGCCACUGUUCCAAACCGUCUGCAAACCACUAUCACCUUGCUUCUUACGGCAGUCGCCUUCAAAAUGGUCGCCAAACAGCACCUACCCAUGAUUUCAUAUCUCACUUACUUGGAUAUAUACGUGAUUGCCUCCCUUGUCUUCUUGUCCCUACAAGCCGUUCAGAACGCCAUGGCCUCCGCCUCUGUUACCGCCCUUGGGCAGGACCAAGCGGCAGUUAUCGACAACGUCUCUGUCACUGUGUUGUUAGGGGCCAUCAUUUUAUUUCACAUCUUGUUUGGUAUCUACAUUUACAGAACGGCCUUCAGACGAAGACGGCUGAUGUCAAAGAAAGACAGAGAAUACAAAAUCCGGAAAACCGAGCUUGAGAAACGGAAGAACGCUAACCACGCCAUAAUUGUCAAUGCAACUGACCCUAAAGAGGCCUCGGAUGCAACUGCACCUUUCCUGUGAUGGAUUCAUGAAGGACGAACCUGGUUCAUAC